GGGAGGCGCUGGGAUCCCCAACAGGCUGGGGACCUGCAGCUUUAGAGUGUCUCUCUCCAGACCCCAGGGCCCUGCACCCCACCGCCCGCGGGACCCCAGGGCUGGGCAGGGGCUGGGGGGACCGCGGGCACCUGGAGCCCUCGCCUGCGGGAGGCGCCCCCUGCCCGCCAGGGGGCCGGGAGCGAAGCGAGACCUCGGGGUGGGGGGGUCCCGGCCCCGGCGGCCCCCGAGGACCCCACUGCCUGGCGGGACCCCGCGCUCCAGGUCCGCGUGCCGGCCGCGCCGGCGGGGAAACCGAGGCAGGGGCUGGUCUGCCAUCCAGAGCCCCCGCGCGGCCUGCGCAGUUCUGACGCCAGCCCCGCGCCCCGGACGACCUGCUCCGGCGCUGCCGUCGGGCGGGACGCGGGGCCUUCCCGGAGCCGCCUCCACCCGGUGCUGGGAAGCCCCCACCCGCCCGCCGGGACAGGGCGGCGCCUUCAGGGACGGGGUGUCCUGGGCGGAGGGGCGCUGGGGCCCCCCGGCCACCUGCAGUCCCUCCCCUGCUCCUCCUGCCCCAAGCCUGACCCUGGCUUCUCCCACUGGAGAGGGAGCCCGGCCCCACUCUUUGGUUCCCGGAGCCCGGCAGGCGGCACCUGCUGAGCGAAUCAACAGGCCAGAGAAGGGGACGGGGAGGGUCCCACCGGUGGGCUGUGGUCAGCUCACGUGGGGCCCUUUGGGGGUCCUGGUCACCAUACUGGGCCAGCCCCGGGCCACAAGCACCCGGAGAAGCGGGCACACCCCGCACCAGCACCCUGCGGCGUGUUGGGGCGAAGGGUCUGGCCCGCGGACUUGGGGGUUCAGGGCCAGGUCACGGAGGAGCCGGGUUCUGGGGUGCCUCCUUCCUGUGGAGCAGAGCUGGCCGGGCCGGGCCGACAGGUUGGGCGGCAUAGCCGGGCUGGCGCUCAGCUCUGGCAUAAAACCCACUUCAUGGAGCCGGGCAGCGCCAGUGCUCUGGAACUCGCGUCGCCGACCCAGGCCCAGCGCCCCUGCCAGGCCCGAGGACAUGAGGCGGCCCCUGGUGGUGGAGCUGCUGCUGCUGCUGCUGCUGCUGCUGCUGCGGUUUGGGACGCAGGGGGCCAAGGUGUCAAGAGCCUGCGGGCGCCCGCAGACGCUGAACCGGAUGGUGGGUGGGCAGGACGCCCUGGAGGGCGAGUGGCCCUGGCAGGUCAGCAUCCAGCACAAUGGGAGCCACUUCUGCGGGGGCAGCCUCAUCACGGAGCGGUGGGUCCUCACCGCGGCGCACUGCUUCUCCAACACCUCCAAAACAUCCCUGUACCGGGUCCUGCUGGGGGCGCGGCAGCUGGUGCAGCCAGGGCCACACGCCGUGUACGCCCGGGUGAAGCGGGUGGAGAGCAACCCCCUGUACCGGGGCAUGGCCUCCAGUGCCGACGUGGCCCUGGUGGAGCUGGAGGCACCAGUGACGUUCACCAAUUACAUCCUCCCCGUGUGCGUGCCCGACCCCUCGGUCAUCUUUGAGACGGGCACAAACUGCUGGGUCACGGGCUGGGGCAGCCCCAGUGAGCAAGACAACCUGCCCAAUCCCCGGAUCCUGCAGAAGCUGGCUGUGCCCAUCAUCGACACGCCCAAGUGCAACCUGCUCUACAGCAAAGACGCCGAGUCUGGCUUCCAGCCCAAAACCAUUAAGGACGACAUGAUCUGUGCCGGCUUCGCCGAGGGCAAGAAGGAUGCCUGCAAGGGCGACUCCGGCGGCCCCCUGGUGUGCCUGGUGGGCCAGUCCUGGCUGCAGGCUGGGGUGAUCAGCUGGGGCGAGGGCUGUGCCCGGGAGAACCGCCCUGGCGUCUACAUCCGGGUCACUUCCCACCACAACUGGAUCCAUCGGGUCAUUCCCGAACUGCAGUUCCAGCGGGCCAGGCCGGGCGGCCAGCAGAGAGGUCCCCGGGGCCAGCAGCCCCUUGGCCGGAACCUCGCGCCCUGCCAGGCUGCCCCCACCGUCCUGCUGGUCCUCCUGGCGCUCCUCACCCGCCUCUGAGCCUGCCCAGGCCCACGCUGUCCCUUUGUAAGUAGCACCCAGGGUCACACCUGAUGCUAGAGCUGUCCCAGCCGUCUGUCCCCUGAGCAGCUCUGGCAUCCAGGCAGGGACCCAGAAGUCUUGCAGCUGGUGUUGAGUGGGGGGCGGGGAGGUGCGGGCCGUGGGGUCCCGUGGGAGGACGGGGUGCAGGGUGCAGGCUGGGCUGUUCCUGCCGUGCUGGGGCGCACACGGCCCUGCUCGGAACAGGGUGCUCCACCCACUGCAGUACCUUCUACCAACCCACCUCGCAGCUGGGCUCCCGAGGGAGGGAUUUCUGGAGAAAAGGAAACUUAAAGUCACACUGUGAGCUGUGAGCUGUCCGUGUACGCUGUCGCCCAACACGGGGCGGGCUGGCGGCCAGGGAGGGGUCCCCGCAGCUGCCGGGCUGGGCUAGAGUUGGGCGAGCCAAUGCCAGCCAGUCCCUGCCCUCCUGAGGCUCACACUGCCGUGGUGAAGAUAUAAUUAAACAAGCAACAAACCUGGAUCAUUUGACCAUACAAGUAUUAAUAAUUUAUGUCAAAACACUAGGAAUGAAAUGGAGAGGCUGGGACAAGCUGUAAAAACAAAAACAAACCCAGGACAAACAUUUGCCUUACACACAAAAGAGCAGCAUUUCAUAUGUAAAGAGUUCUUACAAAUAAAUAAGGAAAAACCCA